AUUCACAAACUAUCCAAUUAAGCAAACUAAAUAAGCUCAUGCAUCAUGCAUAUCAUUGGGUAAAAUUACCUGGUCAAAGAGUUAGCUUUGUGUCUCAUGUGUCCUUUAGACUCGGAGAGCUACAAUUAGACAAUGAUAUAUUUGUGUCCAUGCAAAAUCUGAAGGCAGUGAAGCUUGCAAAAUUAUAGGUGUGCACACCUUCUCCACCCAUUUCACAUCCUUUUUUCUUUUUCUAGACCUAUAAUUUCGCACACCACAGCAACUUCAAAGGGUCACAAUAUUAUAGUUAUGUUAUUUGAACCAUAUAUAGCUCAAUAUCUUUGGUGUUUUAGCCGAACCCUCACCAUUUUCUGUGCUAGCUUUCAAUAAUUCCAACAGAAACAAUAAUCAGCUAGUACGAGAUAGAGGGGAAGUUUAUUAAACAAAUUGAUAACCAUGUCUUUCACUGGAACCCAACAGAAAUGCAAGGUUUGUGAUAAAACUGUUCACUUGGUUGAUACAUUAUCUGCUGAUGGUAAUGUUUUUCACAAGAACUGCUUCAGAUGUAAUCAAUGCAAUGGCCUUCUCGCGAUGAGUAACUAUCAAUCAAUCGAAGGAGUUUUAUACUGCAAGACUCACGCUGAGCAGCUUUUCAAGGAUUCCUUCGCCUAUGUCUUCAAUUUACAAUAUAAUAUAAUUUCUUUCAUAUGUUUACAGCCUAGGGCCCCAAGCAAACUUUCUGCUUUCUUCUCAGGGACUCAGGAUAAAUGUUCAUCAUGCAAGAAAACUGUAUAUCCAUUGGAAAAGUUGACAGUGGAAGGUGAGUUUUACCACAAGUCAUGCUUUAGGUGUACACAUGGAGGAUGUUUUCUCAGCCCUUCAUCCUAUGCUGCUCUUGAUGGAUUCAUCUACUGCAAACCACACUUUUCUCAGUUGUUUAAGGCAAAAGGUAGCUAUAGUUAUCUCUCUAAACAAGCUUCAAUAAAGAAAAAUGAAGAAAUGCAACAAGCUGCAGCAGAGAAAACUGAAUCAGCACCAGCAUCAGACACAGAGACAGAGACAAAGGAAGAACAAGAUCCUGCUGUUACACAAGAGGUGUAGUAGUUGAAGGAGUAGUAACUCAACAAGGUUGCAUCUUUGUAUGAUAUCUUUCAGAAUAUAUGGUUGAUUUGCCUUAAACAUAUCCCACAUUUUGAUUGGGUGGUUGGUUCUGGUGGAAUUAUAUCAUUUGGGAGGGUUAUCCUGCAAUUAUGCUAUCACAUAUUUCAUUCAUUAAUUUGUUAAUGAACAAACAUUAGAUGAUGAUAAAUAAGUUAUGUUCUUUGGGGGCAUGUUAUGUAGUAGAUGUGUUUUAGAAGCCAAAGUCUGUGAUGUAUGCCUACCUAUG